CGAAUCUCCAAGCACGCGAAAGUGUCGCCUUACGCGACGCCUGACGCGAGACUCCACUCCCGCGCUAUUGCGCUCUGAAACGGCCGGCUCCUUCACCACCGAUGGUUCAUGUCCACCCACGUGGCUGCAUCCCAUACGUCACUGUUGCGCAGCAGGCGAUUGGCCCACUCUCUCUCCACUCUCCUUUGUCCCUUUCGCUGGCUCCUUUGCCUUCCUUGGAGCUGUAGCAGAGGACGCCGAGCUCGACUCCUUUAGGGUUCAUUUUGAUCUUUGAUCUGUUUUCCACUACGAUUGUUGAUUCCGUUCACUUUCGAUCUAUGUGGAGAAAAUCUUCGAUCCUUUUGGUGCUACCGCUCAAUUUCUUACAGUAGAAUCCCUUAAAGAUGGUUCUUUUCGGCGAUUUUUCUUGUCGAUUUGCUGCUUGUUCAUCGAAGGAGAGACUUUUCGCAGUGUGAUCCUUGCUUUCCUGGGUCUAUCUUGCUGCCUCGGCUUCCCAUGGAUGGUUCCCACCCCUCGUCCUGUCCGGAUCCGGCCGCGCCUUCCGCGCUGAAGGUCCCGGACAAGGGGAAGAGGGACGAGUGGAGCGAGGGCAGCGUCCUGUGUUUGCUGGAGGUUUACGAGUCGAAGUGGGUGCUCCGGAAUCGAGCGAAGCUGAAGGGGAGUGAUUGGGAGGAGAUCGCCCGCUUGGUGUCGGUGCAGUGCUCGGGGACUAAAGCGCUCAAGACCCCGACUCAGUGCAAGAACAAGAUCGAGGCGCUGAAGAAGCGUUACCGCGCCGAGUCCGCCCUCGCCCAUGACCCCGCCUCCGGCUGCUCUUGGCAGUUCUACUCUCGCAUGUAUGAUCUGCUAAGGGGCUCCGUAAACUGCUCAGUCAAUCCCAAGUCCAACCAUGGCAUCGAUCUCCAGUCCCUGCCCAAGGCAGAAGCGGACGGCGAAGUCGACGGCCACUUGCACGACAGCAAUCACGACGAUGGCUCUAAUACGAUGCAGAUCGACGUCAAUGCUGACAAGAAGAUGGAUAACAGGGUCACUGCCGAUGACGCCGGUGGCAGUGACCCCGGCAGUUCCUCUAAGAAGAGAAAAAUCACAGUUAGUGAGGUAGCAGAGAGCAUCAGGUUGUUGGCUCAGUCCAUGCUGCAGAUUGAACAAGCGAGGAUGGAGAUGUACAGGGAUUCUGAGAGGAUGAGAGCUGAGGCAGAGAUCAAAAGAGGUGAGAUGGAGCUCAAAAAGACUGAGAUCAUAGCAAACACACAGCUGCAGAUUGCUAAGCUCUUCACCAGGAGAAUGCACAAGCAAAGCAAGGAGGGAUGAACAGGAAGAUUAGCUUCAAUGAUUUCUGCACAAAAACAAGAUUAUCUGCAAUUUUAGAUGCAAGAAAUGCUAAUAAAUCAGGAACCUGAGACUAGGAAGCAGUUGCCCUGACAUGGCCAUCAACUGAGAAAUUAAGUUUGAAGAAAUCUAUACUUGGGAUUACAUGACAUUCUCAGUUUUCACAUAAGAUGUAUCUCCUAGAUUCCAUUUCAUGAGGGUGUUUUAGAUUGAUCGAGAAGAUUAAAUUGCAAUUAACUUUCAGCAAUUUGAUGCCCUACCAAAUCUGCAUCUUGCUUGGUGUGGGAAGCUUCUUGUUCAACUCUCUUCAGGUAGCCAAGAAAGCAAAAUUGUGUUAACUUCUUGAUUUUUUUUUUUUUUUUGGUUUUCUAUGUAAUAAGCUUCGACUAGCUGAUUUUCAUUAAUGGUAAAGUUCCAUUUUGUUUCCUCUUUGUUAA